AGCGGUCGAGCAAACGGGAGAAGGGAAGAAAGAGGGAAUAAGAAAAAGGAGGAGGAAAAGCCAACUCCUUUAAUACUCUCCCUUUAUCUCUGCCCCCAUCGAUCGAUGGUGGAGACUGAGGUUAACAAUGGCGAAGCGAAACGUGAAGAAGACGCUCUCCUUCUUCUCGAAGAAGUCUCGAUCCACCAAGCGCAUCCUUACUCUCAUGAUGUCCCAAUCCCUUAUAAUCCCGCCGCCGCGCCGCCGGCAACGGAGUCAUCCCGGUCCCUGAAUCAACCGCGGCCGCUCCGAUCAAAGGAUCAAAGAAGAAGUCUGGAUCUCGACUCUGGAUGCGCUUCGAUCGCAACGGCCAAUCAGAGAUCCUGGAGUGCGACAAGAGCGCCAUCAUCCGCCUCGCCUCGAUCCCCGCCAGAGAUCUCAGAAUCCUUGGCCCCAUCUUUUCCCACUCCUCCAACAUCCUCGCGAGAGAGAAGGCUAUGGUCGUCAAUCUUGAGUUUAUAAAGGCGAUAGUCACUGCCGAAGAAGUUCUGCUUCUCGAUCCUUUGUCUCGCGAGGUUUUGCCCUUUGUGGAUCAACUCAGGCAGCAGAUACCGCUUAAGAGCCCGUUUAGGGUUAACGAGGGAGGAGGUGAGGAUGAGACUGAGCUUUCUUUUGAGUUUCAGGUGCUGGAGCUUGCUUUAGAAGUUGUGUGUAGUUAUUUGGAUUCGAGCGUCUCCGACCUGGAGAAGGAUGCAUAUCCUGUAUUGGAUGAGUUGGCUAUGAAUGUAAGCACGAAGAAUCUUGAGAGAGUGAGGAGUUUGAAGAGCAAUCUCACUCGAUUGCUUGCCCGUGUUCAGAAGGUUAGGGAUGAGAUUGAACAUUUAUUAGAUGACAAUGAAGAUAUGGCCCAUUUAUAUCUAUCAAGAAGACAGAUCCAGAAUCAGCAGGUGGAAGCUUUAAUGGCUUCUGCAGCUUCAAAUGCCAUAGUACCUGCUCCUAACUUGGCAAGAAUUAGCUCUAAUGUCCACGGGAGCGCAAGUAUUGUUACUAGUAUCUAUUCUGAUGAUAAUGAUGUGGAGGAUUUGGAGAUGCUUCUUGAGGCUUAUUUCAUGCAAUUGGAUGGGACCCGGAACAAGAUAUUGUCGGUGCGUGAAUAUAUCGAUGACACAGAAGAUUAUGUCAACAUUCAGCUUGACAACCAGCGAAACGAGCUCAUUCAGCUGCAGCUUAUUUUGACUAUUGCAUCCUUUGCAAUAGCUAUAAACACGUUGAUAGUAGGGGCAUUUGCCAUGAACAUCCCGUGCGAGUUAUAUAACAAGGAGAACCUAUUUUGGUCCUUUGUUGCAGGCACUUCCAUAGGCUGUUUCUUUAUCUUCCUGCUUGUCCUAGGCUAUGCUCGAUGGAAAAAACUGCUCGGUCCAUAGUUAUAGCAAAUUUUGAGAUGUGUCAUUUUCACCAUGCAAGUCAGUAUGCUUUAUAUACUACGUUGUAUAGUAUUAGAUUUUGUUUCAUUUGGGGGAAGAAAAAGAUGAGACUGUUUCGGUCGGUCGGGGAUAGCCAUCUCAUUGUGGGUCGGGGAUAGCCAUCUCAUUGUGGAUACGGACACAUCAUCCUCUUUUUUACUGCUUAUUAUGUUUUUUUCUUCACAUCUUGUACAUAAUUUUAUAGUUCAGUCCAAGUUGUAAAUGAUUACAUUGGAUUUGGGUUUAUUAUGUGACAUGCAUCAUAUAAGAGUUUUAUUAUUACUUAGAAA